AUGUGUCAAGGGUGUGGGUUUGGCGCCAUGCAUCAUGCGUUGCUACUUUCGACACUCGCUGUUGCAGCGGCAGAGCAUUGCGAAGACAGGUCAGACACCAGUCAACUCAUGCAGCACGCUUCAGCGCGUGGCUCUUUUGCUGUGGCGCAAGACCCGGAGAAUGUCGGAGACGCUUUCGGGGAUGGGACCAUGAUUUGUUUUGCAGACCAGUGUUUUCGUCCGUUGGACAGGCCCAAGUUCGACUGGAAGGCUAAAUGGUCCAGCUUCUUGCUUUCCAAAGGAGCCUCGGGGGGUAUUGAGGAUCCUCUGCAAACCUGCUGCCAAAGCUGCGACAGUGUUGCGGCUUGCAGCAACUCGGAGAAGGAGGAACACAUCGUGGUCAAGCACGUUCUGCCCUUCAUGCUCCCAUCGGCACGGUCGAAUCCCAUAUUUUUGGAACUCGGAGGUUUGGAUGGCUGGAGGGAGACCAACACCUUCUUUUUGGAGAAGUGUCUGGGUUGGAAGGGGAUGCUGAUUGAGGCGAGCCCUGAGAAUUUCAAGGUCUUGCAUCGCAAUCGGCCGAACGCCCUGAAGAUCUCCAGCGCGAUCUGCACCAACGCCAGCAGAGUGUUUUUCGGGGGUGGCCCAGCUAUCGGCCACAUCUUGAACCGCCGUCCUGCGGGCCUGUCUCUUGCAGAGAUAGUUACAGUUCCUUGCUCUCCUCUUCAGGCGUUCUUCGAUGUGCUCGGAGUUGAUGAGGUCACUGUGUUCAGCCUCGAUGUUGAGGGCUUUGAGCUGUCAGUAUUGCAAUCCGUUGAUUGGCACAAGCUAACCAUCGGAGCGCUGGUGGUCGAGGAGUUGCAGUUCGAAAGGCACACCAAGAAGAACCAAGAUGUAAGGCAGUUGCUGAAGGAAACGGCCAAGCUUGAAAUGUUGGGCGUUUCUUGCUGGAAGGAGCUGGCUUGUGAUUCAUAUUGGAUGAACCCGCGGCUGUUCGAUUAUGAGGCUGCACGGGAGUAUCUUCUUCACAAUCCUUUCCCCAGUGGAAAAUUCCCGGGCAAAGCUCAAAGUGCUUGCUCCAACACAUCGACGUCCGUGCUGUAG